ACGUGGACGUGGACGUGGACGUGGAUGGACGUGGACGUGGACGUGGACAUGGACGUGGACGUGGACAUGGACGUGGACAUGGACGUGGACGUGGACGUGGACGUGGACAUGGACGUGGACAUGGACAUGGACGUGGACGUGGACGUGGACAUGGACGUGGACAUGGACGUGGACAUGGACGUGGACGUGGACAUGGACGUGGACGUGGACGUGGACGUGGACAUGGACGUGGACGUGGACAUGGACGUGGACAUGGACGUGGACGUGGACAUGGACGUGGACAUGGACGUGGACAUGGACGUGGACAUGGACGUGGACAUGGACAUGGACGUGGACAUGGACGUGGACAUGGACGUGGACGUGGACAUGGACGUGGACAUGGACGUGGACAUGGACGUGGACGUGGACGUGGACAUGGACGUGGACAUGGACGUGGACAUGGACGUGGACAUGGACGUGGACAUGGACAUGGACGUGGACAUGGACGUGGACAUGGACGUGGACAUGGACGUGGACGUGGACGUGGACGUGGACGUGGACAUGGACGUGGACGUGGACGUGGACAUGGACGUGGACGUGGACAUGGACGUGGACAUGGACGUGGACAUGGACGUGGACGUGGACAUGGACGUGGACAUGGACGUGGACAUGGACGUGGACAUGGACGUGGACGUGGACGUGGACGUGGACGUGGACGUGGACAUGGACGUGGACGUGGACGUGGACGUGGACAUGGACGUGGACGUGGACGUGGACAUGGACGUGGACGUGGACAUGGACGUGGACAUGGACGUGGACGUGGACGUGGACGUGGACAUGGACGUGGACGUGGACGUGGACGUGGACGUGGACGUGGACAUGGACGUGGACGUGGACGUGGACAUGGACGUGGACGUGGACGUGGACAUGGACGUGGACGUGGACGUGGACAUGGACGUGGACGUGGACGUGGACAUGGACGUGGACGUGGACAUGGACAUGGACGUGGACAUGGACGUGGACGUGGACAUGGACGUGGACGUGGACGUGGACAUGGACGUGGACGUGGACGUGGAGGACGUGGACGUGGACAUGGACAUGGACGUGGACGUGGACAUGGACAUGGACAUGGACAUGGACGUGGACAUGGACGUGGACAUGGACGUGGACAUGGACGUGGACGUGGACAUGGACGUGGACAUGGACGUGGACAUGGACGUGGACGUGGACGUGGACGUGGACGUGGACAUGGACAUGGACGUGGACAUGGACGUGGACAUGGACGUGGACGUGGACGUGGACAUGGACGUGGACAUGGACGUGGACGUGGACAUGGACGUGGACAUGGACGUGGACAUGGACGUGGACGUGGACAUGGACGUGGACAUGGACGUGGACAUGGACGUGGACGUGGACGUGGACGUGGACGUGGACAUGGACGUGGACAUGGACGUGGACAUGGACGUGGACAUGGACGUGGACAUGGACAUGGACGUGGACAUGGACGUGGACAUGGACGUGGACAUGGACGUGGACAUGGACGUGGACGUGGACGUGGACGUGGACGUGGACGUGGACAUGGACAUGGACGUGGACAUGGACGUGGACAUGGACGUGGACGUGGACGUGGACGUGGACGUGGACGUGGACGUGGACGUGGACGUGGACGUGGACGUGGACGUGGACAUGGACGUGGACGUGGACGUGGACGUGGACAUGGACGUGGACGUGGACAUGGACGUGGACAUGGACGUGGACGUGGACAUGGACGUGGACAUGGACGUGGACAUGGACGUGGACAUGGACGUGGACAUGGACAUGGACGUGGACAUGGACGUGGACAUGGACGUGGACGUGGACAUGGACGUGGACAUGGACGUGGACAUGGACGUGGACAUGGACGUGGACAUGGACGUGGACAUGGACGUGGACAUGGACGUGGACAUGGACAUGGACGUGGACGUGGACGUGGACGUGGACGUGGACAUGGACGUGGACGUGGACGUGGACAUGGACGUGGACGUGGACAUGGACGUGGACAUGGACGUGGACAUGGACGUGGACGUGGACAUGGACGUGGACAUGGACAUGGACGUGGACGUGGACGUGGACAUGGACGUGGACAUGGACGUGGACAUGGACGUGGACGUGGACGUGGACGUGGACGUGGACGUGGACAUGGACGUGGACAUGGACGUGGACGUGGACGUGGACAUGGACGUGGACAUGGACGUGGACAUGGACGUGGACAUGGACGUGGACAUGGACAUGGACGUGGACAUGGACGUGGACAUGGACAUGGACGUGGACGUGGACAUGGACAUGGACGUGGACAUGGACAUGGACGUGGACAUGGACGUGGACAUGGACGUGGACGUGGACGUGGACGUGGACGUGGACGUGGACGUGGACGUGGACGUGGACGUGGACAUGGACAUGGACAUGGACGUGGACAUGGACGUGGACAUGGACGUGGACAUGGACGUGGACAUGGACAUGGACGUGGACAUGGACGUGGACAUGGACGUGGACAUGGACGUGGACAUGGACGUGGACGUGGACGUGGACGUGGACAUGGACGUGGACGUGGACGUGGACGUGGACGUGGACAUGGACGUGGACGUGGACGUGGACAUGGACAUGGACAUGGACGUGGACGUGGACGUGGACGUGGACAUGGACAUGGACGUGGACAUGGACGUGGACAUGGACGUGGACAUGGACGUGGACGUGGACGUGGACGUGGACGUGGACAUGGACGUGGACGUGGACGUGGACGUGGACGUGGACAUGGACGUGGACGUGGACGUGGACGUGGACAUGGACGUGGACGUGGACGUGGACGUGGACAUGGACGUGGACGUGGACGUGGACGUGGACAUGGACGUGGACGUGGACGUGGACGUGGACAUGGACGUGGACGUGGACAUGGACGUGGACGUGGACAUGGACGUGGACAUGGACGUGGACGUGGACGUGGACGUGGACAUGGACGUGGACGUGGACGUGGACGUGGACGUGGACGUGGACGUGGACGUGGACGUGGACGUGGACGUGGACAUGGACGUGGACGUGGACAUGGACGUGGACGUGGACAUGGACGUGGACAUGGACGUGGACAUGGACGUGGACAUGGACGUGGACAUGGACAUGGACGUGGACAUGGACGUGGACAUGGACGUGGACGUGGACGUGGACGUGGACAUGGACGUGGACAUGGACGUGGACAUGGACGUGGACGUGGACAUGGACGUGGACAUGGACGUGGACGUGGACGUGGACGUGGACAUGGACGUGGACAUGGACAUGGACGUGGACGUGGACGUGGACGUGGACAUGGACGUGGACAUGGACGUGGACGUGGACAUGGACGUGGACAUGGACGUGGACGUGGACAUGGACGUGGACAUGGACGUGGACGUGGACGUGGACGUGGACGUGGACGUGGACGUGGACGUGGACGUGGACAUGGACGUGGACGUGGACGUGGACGUGGACGUGGACGUGGACAUGGACGUGGACAUGGACAUGGACGUGGACAUGGACGUGGACAUGGACAUGGACGUGGACAUGGACGUGGACAUGGACGUGGACAUGGACGUGGACAUGGACAUGGACGUGGACAUGGACGUGGACAUGGACGUGGACGUGGACAUGGACGUGGACAUGGACGUGGACAUGGACGUGGACGUGGACGUGGACAUGGACGUGGACAUGGACGUGGACAUGGACGUGGACAUGGACGUGGACAUGGACAUGGACGUGGACAUGGACGUGGACAUGGACGUGGACAUGGACGUGGACGUGGACGUGGACGUGGACGUGGACAUGGACGUGGACGUGGACAUGGACGUGGACAUGGACGUGGACAUGGACCUGGACGUGGACAUGGACGUGGACGUGGACGUGGACGUGGACAUGGACGUGGACGUGGACGUGGACGUGGACGUGGACAUGGACGUGGACAUGGACGUGGACGUGGACGUGGACGUGGACGUGGACGUGGACAUGGACGUGGACGUGGACGUGGACGUGGACGUGGACGUGGACGUGGACGUGGACAUGGACGUGGACGUGGACGUGGACGUGGACGUGGACGUGGACAUGGACGUGGACGUGGACAUGGACGUGGACAUGGACGUGGACGUGGACAUGGACGUGGACAUGGACGUGGACAUGGACGUGGACAUGGACGUGGACAUGGACAUGGACGUGGACAUGGACGUGGACAUGGACGUGGACGUGGACAUGGACGUGGACAUGGACGUGGACAUGGACGUGGACGUGGACGUGGACAUGGACGUGGACAUGGACGUGGACAUGGACGUGGACAUGGACGUGGACAUGGACAUGGACGUGGACAUGGACGUGGACAUGGACGUGGACAUGGACGUGGACGUGGACGUGGACGUGGACAUGGACGUGGACGUGGACAUGGACGUGGACAUGGACGUGGACAUGGACGUGGACGUGGACAUGGACCUGGACGUGGACGUGGACGUGGACGUGGACGUGGACGUGGACAUGGACGUGGACGUGGACGUGGACAUGGACGUGGACAUGGACGUGGACAUGGACGUGGACGUGGACGUGGACGUGGACAUGGACGUGGACAUGGACGUGGACAUGGACGUGGACAUGGACGUGGACAUGGACGUGGACAUGGACGUGGACAUGGACAUGGACGUGGACGUGGACGUGGACGUGGACGUGGACAUGGACGUGGACGUGGACGUGGACAUGGACGUGGACGUGGACAUGGACGUGGACAUGGACGUGGACAUGGACGUGGACAUGGACAUGGACGUGGACAUGGACAUGGACGUGGACGUGGACGUGGACAUGGACGUGGACAUGGACGUGGACAUGGACGUGGACGUGGACGUGGACAUGGACGUGGACAUGGACGUGGACAUGGACGUGGACGUGGACGUGGACGUGGACAUGGACGUGGACGUGGACGUGGACAUGGACGUGGACAUGGACAUGGACGUGGACAUGGACGUGGACGUGGACAUGGACAUGGACGUGGACAUGGACAUGGACGUGGACAUGGACAUGGACGUGGACAUGGACGUGGACAUGGACGUGGACGUGGACGUGGACGUGGACGUGGACGUGGACGUGGACGUGGACGUGGACGUGGACAUGGACAUGGACAUGGACGUGGACAUGGACGUGGACAUGGACGUGGACAUGGACGUGGACAUGGACAUGGACGUGGACAUGGACGUGGACAUGGACGUGGACAUGGACGUGGACAUGGACGUGGACGUGGACGUGGACGUGGACAUGGACGUGGACAUGGACGUGGACGUGGACGUGGACGUGGACAUGGACGUGGACAUGGACGUGGACGUGGACGUGGACGUGGACAUGGACGUGGACAUGGACGUGGACGUGGACGUGGACGUGGACGUGGACAUGGACGUGGACAUGGACAUGGACGUGGACGUGGACGUGGACGUGGACAUGGACGUGGACAUGGACGUGGACGUGGACAUGGACGUGGACAUGGACAUGGACGUGGACGUGGACGUGGACAUGGACGUGGACAUGGACGUGGACGUGGACAUGGACGUGGACGUGGACAUGGACGUGGACAUGGACGUGGACAUGGACGUGGACGUGGACAUGGACGUGGACGUGGACAUGGACGUGGACGUGGACGUGGACGUGGACGUGGACGUGGACGUGGACAUGGACGUGGACAUGGACGUGGACAUGGACGUGGACGUGGACAUGGACGUGGACAUGGACGUGGACGUGGACAUGGACGUGGACAUGGACGUGGACAUGGACGUGGACAUGGACGUGGACAUGGACAUGGACGUGGACAUGGACGUGGACAUGGACGUGGACGUGGACAUGGACGUGGACAUGGACGUGGACAUGGACGUGGACGUGGACGUGGACAUGGACGUGGACAUGGACGUGGACAUGGACGUGGACAUGGACGUGGACAUGGACAUGGACGUGGACAUGGACGUGGACAUGGACGUGGACAUGGACGUGGACGUGGACGUGGACGUGGACAUGGACGUGGACGUGGACAUGGACGUGGACAUGGACGUGGACAUGGACGUGGACGUGGACAUGGACGUGGACGUGGACGUGGACGUGGACGUGGACGUGGACGUGGACAUGGACGUGGACGUGGACGUGGACCUGGACGUGGACAUGGACGUGGACAUGGACGUGGACGUGGACGUGGACGUGGACGUGGACAUGGACGUGGACAUGGACGUGGACAUGGACAUGGACGUGGACAUGGACGUGGACAUGGACGUGGACAUGGACGUGGACGUGGACGUGGACGUGGACGUGGACAUGGACGUGGACGUGGACGUGGACAUGGACGUGGACAUGGACGUGGACAUGGACGUGGACAUGGACGUGGACAUGGACGUGGACAUGGACAUGGACGUGGACAUGGACGUGGACAUGGACGUGGACAUGGACGUGGACAUGGACGUGGACGUGGACGUGGACGUGGACGUGGACGUGGACGUGGACAUGGACGUGGACGUGGACGUGGACGUGGACAUGGACGUGGACGUGGACGUGGACAUGGACGUGGACGUGGACAUGGACGUGGACAUGGACGUGGACGUGGACGUGGACGUGGACGUGGACAUGGACAUGGACGUGGACAUGGACGUGGACAUGGACGUGGACAUGGACGUGGACAUGGACGUGGACGUGGACGUGGACGUGGACAUGGACGUGGACGUGGACAUGGACGUGGACGUGGACGUGGACGUGGACAUGGACGUGGACGUGGACGUGGACAUGGACGUGGACGUGGACGUGGACGUGGACGUGGACAUGGACGUGGACGUGGACAUGGACGUGGACGUGGACGUGGACGUGGACGUGGACGUGGACAUGGACGUGGACAUGGACGUGGACGUGGACGUGGACGUGGACGUGGACAUGGACGUGGACGUGGACGUGGACGUGGACAUGGACGUGGACGUGGACAUGGACGUGGACGUGGACAUGGACGUGGACAUGGACGUGGACAUGGACGUGGACAUGGACGUGGACAUGGACAUGGACGUGGACAUGGACGUGGACAUGGACGUGGACGUGGACAUGGACGUGGACAUGGACGUGGACAUGGACGUGGACGUGGACGUGGACAUGGACGUGGACAUGGACGUGGACAGGGACGUGGACAUGGACGUGGACAUGGACAUGGACGUGGACAUGGACGUGGACAUGGACGUGGACAUGGACGUGGACGUGGACGUGGACAUGGACGUGGACGUGGACAUGGACGUGGACAUGGACGUGGACAUGGACGUGGACGUGGACAUGGACGUGGACAUGGACGUGGACAUGGACGUGGACAUGGACGUGGACGUGGACAUGGACGUGGACAUGGACGUGGACAUGGACAUGGACGUGGACGUGGACGUGGACAUGGACGUGGACAUGGACGUGGACAUGGACGUGGACGUGGACAUGGACGUGGACAUGGACGUGGACGUGGACGUGGACAUGGACGUGGACAUGGACAUGGACGUGGACGUGGACGUGGACGUGGACAUGGACGUGGACAUGGACGUGGACGUGGACAUGGACGUGGACAUGGACGUGGACGUGGACGUGGACGUGGACAUGGACGUGGACGUGGACGUGGACGUGGACGUGGACGUGGACGUGGACGUGGACGUGGACAUGGACGUGGACGUGGACGUGGACGUGGACGUGGACGUGGACAUGGACGUGGACGUGGACAUGGACGUGGACAUGGACGUGGACGUGGACAUGGACGUGGACAUGGACGUGGACAUGGACGUGGACAUGGACGUGGACAUGGACAUGGACGUGGACAUGGACGUGGACAUGGACGUGGACGUGGACAUGGACGUGGACAUGGACGUGGACAUGGACGUGGACGUGGACGUGGACAUGGACGUGGACAUGGACGUGGACAUGGACGUGGACAUGGACGUGGACAUGGACAUGGACGUGGACAUGGACGUGGACAUGGACGUGGACAUGGACGUGGACGUGGACGUGGACGUGGACAUGGACGUGGACGUGGACAUGGACGUGGACAUGGACGUGGACAUGGACGUGGACGUGGACAUGGACGUGGACGUGGACGUGGACGUGGACGUGGACGUGGACGUGGACAUGGACGUGGACGUGGACGUGGACAUGGACGUGGACAUGGACGUGGACAUGGACGUGGACGUGGACGUGGACGUGGACGUGGACAUGGACGUGGACAUGGACGUGGACAUGGACAUGGACGUGGACAUGGACGUGGACAUGGACGUGGACAUGGACGUGGACGUGGACGUGGACGUGGACGUGGACAUGGACGUGGACGUGGACGUGGACAUGGACGUGGACAUGGACGUGGACAUGGACGUGGACAUGGACGUGGACAUGGACGUGGACAUGGACAUGGACGUGGACAUGGACGUGGACAUGGACGUGGACAUGGACGUGGACAUGGACGUGGACGUGGACGUGGACGUGGACGUGGACGUGGACGUGGACAUGGACGUGGACGUGGACGUGGACGUGGACAUGGACGUGGACGUGGACGUGGACAUGGACGUGGACGUGGACAUGGACGUGGACAUGGACGUGGACGUGGACGUGGACGUGGACGUGGACAUGGACAUGGACGUGGACAUGGACGUGGACAUGGACGUGGACAUGGACGUGGACAUGGACGUGGACGUGGACGUGGACGUGGACAUGGACGUGGACGUGGACGUGGACAUGGACGUGGACGUGGACGUGGACGUGGACAUGGACGUGGACGUGGACGUGGACAUGGACGUGGACGUGGACGUGGACGUGGACGUGGACAUGGACGUGGACGUGGACAUGGACGUGGACGUGGACGUGGACGUGGACGUGGACGUGGACAUGGACGUGGACAUGGACGUGGACGUGGACGUGGACGUGGACGUGGACAUGGACGUGGACGUGGACGUGGACGUGGACAUGGACGUGGACGUGGACAUGGACGUGGACGUGGACAUGGACGUGGACAUGGACGUGGACAUGGACGUGGACAUGGACGUGGACAUGGACAUGGACGUGGACAUGGACGUGGACAUGGACGUGGACGUGGACAUGGACGUGGACAUGGACGUGGACAUGGACGUGGACGUGGACGUGGACAUGGACGUGGACAUGGACGUGGACAUGGACGUGGACAUGGACGUGGACAUGGACAUGGACGUGGACAUGGACGUGGACAUGGACGUGGACAUGGACGUGGACGUGGACGUGGACAUGGACGUGGACGUGGACAUGGACGUGGACAUGGACGUGGACAUGGACGUGGACGUGGACAUGGACGUGGACGUGGACGUGGACGUGGACGUGGACGUGGACAUGGACGUGGACGUGGACGUGGACCUGGACGUGGACAUGGACGUGGACAUGGACGUGGACGUGGACGUGGACGUGGACGUGGACAUGGACGUGGACAUGGACGUGGACAUGGACAUGGACGUGGACAUGGACGUGGACAUGGACGUGGACAUGGACGUGGACGUGGACGUGGACGUGGACGUGGACGUGGACAUGGACGUGGACGUGGACGUGGACAUGGACGUGGACAUGGACGUGGACAUGGACGUGGACAUGGACGUGGACAUGGACGUGGACAUGGACAUGGACGUGGACAUGGACGUGGACAUGGACGUGGACAUGGACGUGGACAUGGACGUGGACGUGGACGUGGACGUGGACGUGGACGUGGACAUGGACGUGGACGUGGACGUGGACGUGGACAUGGACGUGGACGUGGACGUGGACAUGGACGUGGACGUGGACGUGGACAUGGACGUGGACAUGGACGUGGACGUGGACGUGGACGUGGACGUGGACAUGGACAUGGACGUGGACAUGGACGUGGACAUGGACGUGGACAUGGACGUGGACAUGGACGUGGACGUGGACGUGGACGUGGACGUGGACGUGGACAUGGACGUGGACGUGGACGUGGACGUGGACAUGGACGUGGACGUGGACGUGGACGUGGACAUGGACGUGGACGUGGACGUGGACAUGGACGUGGACGUGGACGUGGACGUGGACGUGGACAUGGACGUGGACGUGGACAUGGACGUGGACGUGGACGUGGACGUGGACGUGGACGUGGACGUGGACGUGGACAUGGACGUGGACAUGGACGUGGACGUGGACGUGGACGUGGACAUGGACGUGGACGUGGACGUGGACGUGGACAUGGACGUGGACGUGGACAUGGACGUGGACGUGGACAUGGACGUGGACAUGGACGUGGACAUGGACGUGGACAUGGACGUGGACAUGGACAUGGACGUGGACAUGGACGUGGACAUGGACGUGGACGUGGACGUGGACGUGGACAUGGACGUGGACAUGGACGUGGACAUGGACGUGGACGUGGACAUGGACGUGGACAUGGACGUGGACGUGGACGUGGACGUGGACGUGGACGUGGACAUGGACGUGGACGUGGACGUGGACGUGGACGUGGACAUGGACGUGGACGUGGACGUGGACGUGGACGUGGACAUGGACGUGGACGUGGACGUGGACGUGGACAUGGACGUGGACGUGGACAUGGACGUGGACGUGGACAUGGACGUGGACAUGGACGUGGACGUGGACGUGGACAUGGACGUGGACGUGGACGUGGACGUGGACGUGGACGUGGACGUGGACGUGGACAUGGACGUGGACGUGGACGUGGACGUGGACGUGGACGUGGACAUGGACGUGGACGUGGACAUGGACGUGGACGUGGACAUGGACGUGGACAUGGACGUGGACAUGGACGUGGACAUGGACGUGGACAUGGACAUGGACGUGGACAUGGACGUGGACAUGGACGUGGACGUGGACGUGACGUGGACAUGGACGUGGACAUGGACGUGGACAUGGACGUGGACGUGGACAUGGACGUGGACAUGGACGUGGACGUGGACGUGGACGUGGACAUGGACGUGGACAUGGACAUGGACGUGGACGUGGACGUGGACGUGGACAUGGACGUGGACAUGGACGUGGACGUGGUGGACAUGGACGUGGACAUGGACGUGGACGUGGACGUGGACAUGGACGUGGACGUGGACGUGGACGUGGACGUGGACGUGGACGUGGACGUGGACGUGGACAUGGACGUGGACGUGGACGUGGACGUGGACGUGGACGUGGACAUGGACGUGGACGUGGACAUGGACGUGGACAUGGACGUGGACGUGGACAUGGACGUGGACAUGGACGUGGACAUGGACGUGGACAUGGACGUGGACAUGGACAUGGACGUGGACAUGGACGUGGACAUGGACGUGGACGUGGACAUGGACGUGGACAUGGACGUGGACAUGGACGUGGACGUGGACGUGGACAUGGACGUGGACAUGGACGUGGACAUGGACGUGGACAUGGACGUGGACAUGGACAUGGACGUGGACAUGGACGUGGACAUGGACGUGGACAUGGACGUGGACGUGGACGUGGACGUGGACAUGGACGUGGACGUGGACAUGGACGUGGACAUGGACGUGGACAUGGACGUGGACGUGGACAUGGACCUGGACGUGGACGUGGACGUGGACGUGGACAUGGACGUGGACAUGGACGUGGACGUGGACGUGGACAUGGACGUGGACGUGGACGUGGACAUGGACGUGGACAUGGACGUGGACGUGGACGUGGACGUGGACGUGGACGUGGACGUGGACAUGGACAUGGACGUGGACAUGGACGUGGACAUGGACGUGGACAUGGACGUGGACAUGGACGUGGACGUGGACGUGGACGUGGACAUGGACGUGGACGUGGACGUGGACAUGGACGUGGACGUGGACGUGGACGUGGACAUGGACGUGGACGUGGACGUGGACAUGGACGUGGACGUGGACGUGGACGUGGACAUGGACAUGGACGUGGACGUGGACAUGGACGUGGACGUGGACGUGGACGUGGACGUGGACGUGGACAUGGACGUGGACAUGGACGUGGACGUGGACGUGGACGUGGACGUGGACGUGGACAUGGACGUGGACGUGGACGUGGACGUGGACAUGGACGUGGACGUGGACAUGGACGUGGACGUGGACAUGGACGUGGACAUGGACGUGGACAUGGACGUGGACAUGGACGUGGACAUGGACAUGGACGUGGACAUGGACGUGGACAUGGACGUGGACGUGGACGUGGACGUGGACAUGGACGUGGACAUGGACGUGGACAUGGACGUGGACGUGGACAUGGACGUGGACAUGGACGUGGACGUGGACGUGGACGUGGACAUGGACGUGGACAUGGACAUGGACGUGGACGUGGACGUGGACGUGGACAUGGACGUGGACAUGGACGUGGACGUGGACAUGGACGUGGACAUGGACGUGGACGUGGACGUGGACAUGGACGUGGACGUGGACGUGGACGUGGACGUGGACGUGGACGUGGACGUGGACGUGGACAUGGACGUGGACGUGGACGUGGACGUGGACGUGGACAUGGACGUGGACAUGGACGUGGACAUGGACGUGGACGUGGACAUGGACGUGGACAUGGACGUGGACAUGGACGUGGACAUGGACGUGGACAUGGACAUGGACGUGGACAUGGACGUGGACAUGGACGUGGACGUGGACAUGGACGUGGACAUGGACGUGGACAUGGACGUGGACCUGGACGUGGACAUGGACGUGGACAUGGACGUGGACGUGGACGUGGACGUGGACGUGGACAUGGACGUGGACAUGGACGUGGACAUGGACAUGGACGUGGACAUGGACGUGGACAUGGACGUGGACAUGGACGUGGACGUGGACGUGGACGUGGACGUGGACAUGGACGUGGACGUGGACGUGGACAUGGACGUGGACAUGGACGUGGACAUGGACGUGGACAUGGACGUGGACAUGGACGUGGACAUGGACAUGGACGUGGACAUGGACGUGGACAUGGACGUGGACAUGGACGUGGACAUGGACGUGGACGUGGACGUGGACGUGGACGUGGACAUGGACGUGGACGUGGACGUGGACGUGGACAUGGACGUGGACGUGGACGUGGACAUGGACGUGGACGUGGACAUGGACGUGGACAUGGACGUGGACGUGGACGUGGACGUGGACGUGGACGUGGACAUGGACGUGGACAUGGACGUGGACAUACGUGGACAUGGACGUGGACAUGGACGUGGACAUGGACGUGGACAUGGACAUGGACGUGGACAUGGACGUGGACAUGGACGUGGACAUGGACAUGGACGUGGACAUGGACGUGGACAUGGACGUGGACGUGGACGUGGACAUGGACGUGGACAUGGACGUGGACAUGGACGUGGACAUGGACGUGGACGUGGACAUGGACGUGGACAUGGACGUGGACAUGGACGUGGACGUGGACAUGGACGUGGACGUGGACGUGGACGUGGACGUGGACGUGGACGUGGACAUGGACGUGGACGUGGACCUGGACCUGGACGUGGACAUGGACGUGGACAUGGACGUGGACGUGGACGUGGACGUGGACAUGGACGUGGACAUGGACGUGGACGUGGACGUGGACGUGGACGUGGACGUGGACGUGGACAUGGACGUGGACGUGGACGUGGACGUGGACGUGGACGUGGACAUGGACGUGGACGUGGACGUGGACGUGGACAUGGACGUGGACGUGGACGUGGACAUGGACGUGGACGUGGACAUGGACGUGGACAUGGACGUGGACGUGGACGUGGACGUGGACAUGGACGUGGACGUGGACGUGGACGUGGACGUGGACAUGGACGUGGACGUGGACAUGGACGUGGACGUGGACAUGGACGUGGACAUGGACGUGGACAUGGACGUGGACAUGGACGUGGACAUGGACAUGGACGUGGACAUGGACGUGGACAUGGACGUGGACGUGGACGUGACGUGGACAUGGACGUGGACAUGGACGUGGACAUGGACGUGGACGUGGACAUGGACGUGGACAUGGACGUGGACGUGGACGUGGACGUGGACAUGGACAUGGACAUGGACAUGGACGUGGACGUGGACGUGGACGUGGACGUGGACGUGGACAUGGACGUGGACGUGGACAUGGACGUGGACAUGGACGUGGACGUGGACAUGGACGUGGACAUGGACGUGGACAUGGACGUGGACAUGGACGUGGACAUGGACAUGGACGUGGACAUGGACGUGGACAUGGACGUGGACGUGGACAUGGACGUGGACAUGGACGUGGACAUGGACGUGGACGUGGACGUGGACAUGGACGUGGACAUGGACGUGGACAUGGACGUGGACAUGGACGUGGACAUGGACAUGGACGUGGACAUGGACGUGGACAUGGACGUGGACAUGGACGUGGACGUGGACGUGGACGUGGACAUGGACGUGGACGUGGACGUGGACAUGGACGUGGACGUGGACAUGGACGUGGACAUGGACGUGGACAUGGACGUGGACGUGGACAUGGACGUGGACGUGGACGUGGACGUGGACGUGGACGUGGACAUGGACGUGGACGUGGACGUGGACCUGGACGUGGACAUGGACGUGGACAUGGACGUGGACUUGGACGUGGACGUGGACGUGGACAUGGACGUGGACAUGGACGUGGACAUGGACAUGGACGUGGACAUGGACGUGGACAUGGACGUGGACAUGGACGUGGACGUGGACGUGGACGUGA